AAAUCUAUUGCCCAAAGGAGGGCGGCAUUUAUGUUUUUUGCACCGCGGGAACUUGUUGUAAACAAACAGAAAAUGUCUCUUUUUUUGAACAAGAAAUCUGUGUCUAAAUCAUCGGUUGCAGAUGUGCAUCUUUUAGGUUGCAACAUAGAGCACACAGGAGAUGCACGGGUCUCGAACUUUUUCAAGACAACUGUUCACAAAAAUGAAAAUGAGAUGACAGCAACCUUUCGUGGCCGGGCAUUAUGCGGACAAGAGUUAGAUGUUCCUACUGGAUAUACAGGGUUUGUUCUCAAAGAGCAUCAGAAGCCGUUUAUGGAAGAAGAGGACAGGACUUUGCAAGCAGUGCAUCAGUUUGAUAAAUUCAGUUACUGGAACUUAGAGAAGACUCCUUCGGCCAACGAUGCGGUAGUCAAGGCGAUGAUGUGGCCAGAGAUUGCCGCAGCAAUUCAUGGAACUGAAGAGACAAACGAGAGCCAGGAAAGCGUUAAAGGUGAAAGGUGAUUACCGGGUUCUUUCAUUAUGGAUCAGUGCUGCGUACAAACAACAUUUGAGGGCUGCCGUUGGACUGAUAAAGGGGUGACAACAUUGUAUAAGAAAUCAAUACAACUGCGGUGUUAACAAACUGCAAUCUGCAAGGACGACAAACCUUGACACUCUAACAGCAUGGUUGGGCUCUCUUUAUCUAAGGCUACCCUUUCUCUGGUUGAUUUAUAAAUGCAGGUCUCGAAACAGCCAUAUUUUGUAUUUAAAGUUUAAUGAUUUGGCGUUGAACAAAAACAACUUUACUAAAGCAGAUUUUGAGCAACGACCUCCAGGUUAACGUGCUGGCACUCUACUAACUGAGCAAUCUAGCCUUUUGUUGUAGGCAAUGUUGUUUAUUCACGGCCAAAUAUUUAAUUUGCUUACACCAUACUCUAGCCUGUUAUUGCAGCAAAAAAAGUAUUUCUACCCAAUUAAGAACCAUCAUAAACAAUCUCCAACAUUGAUUGUGUUAUAUAAUACAUUUCAAAAUACUUUCUUUAAUUUUGCAAUAAAAUUAUAUGACUGUUUGUAAUACAUAAAUGGCUACAAAAUUCUGUUUGUAAAAAAAACGUUUGUUUUCUCUCUUGGACGAAGAUUGCUUUCCAGAUUUUCGGCACACCAAAUAAUUAUUCCUGGUGAAUACUUCAGUAAGAUAUUGCAUUGAGAAAUUUCAAGCAAAACGACAAGUAUUUUGGACAAUUAAAUACAUUGAAACUUUUACAAAAAUGUAAAACAAUAUCCCCAAAAUAAUAUUAUAAAAUAGAUUUUUCCUUGACCCAUAUAUAUACCAUUAUCCAAUUUAAAAAGAACCCUGCAUGUGAGUCUAAAAGUAAAUAAAGAAAUAAAGUUUUAAAAAUUUAGGCAAGCGACUUAUCAUCUUCUUUCAUGGUUCCCAGCUUUGGCGUUGAAAAUG